CCUAAUAUAGAUAUCUCAUUCUCCAUAAGCAAGAAGUUUAUCAUACUCUACUCUAAUGGAAAACAGUAAUGAACUUCCUAUUUGUACUUUGAAAGUUGAUUUUGGAUGCACAGAUGGCUGCUCAAAAGAUGUCACCAACAUGUUGAAACAACUUAAGGGAGUGAAAUCUAUUUCCAUUGAUCCAAGUGAAGGGAAGGUAAUUGUUAUUGGUGAUGUAAAUCCCAUGAAACUAAUUAAGUUUCUUCAGAAGAUGGGAAAAAAGGUACAACUUUGGUCUUUUGACAAAGAACCAAAGAACAAGAAAGCAUGUUCUCAUGCCAAACAUCAUUCUCGUGCUUUUCAUGAAAGUAGUGACAUUGAGGAUGAUGCUCAAACUAAUCAUGGUCAUAAACAUCACCAUCAGAAAAACAAGAAAAUGUAUGACAGACAUAGUAACAUAUUUGGUUUUGAUAAUCAACAUGGACCACCGCGGCCACCGCCACCAUACAAUUACCAACCAUUCCCUGGAUAUCACAACAUCUAUCACCCAACAAUGCACGGGUACCAACCUCAACAUGGAGGAUAUGCAAUGCCGCCUUCGAUGUAUCCGGGUCAGCCAAGGGCAACUUAUGGACCUUAUGGCUCAAUGUUUCCAAGUUACAAUCCCAUGGUGCACUACACCAAUUAUGAAGACAACUAUAUCUAUACUAUAUAGAUAAUACCUGAAAUAUGUCAAAUUUGCUUUUAAGACAUUUUAUUAUUUCAAUAUUAUCCAAUUUCCUUUACUAAUGCUAAUAGCCUGCUUCUAAUGUAUAUACUGUAACAAACACUUUGU